CUGACAACAGCUGGACGGACAAGCACAUGGAGCUUAAAAAUAAAAGGAGUACUCAUGGGACAGGUAAAGUAAAUUGUAUCGUUCCUGAUUAUUGUGGGUUUUUAUUAAUACUUUUAUUUUUUUCUUUCCAGCCUAUCAAUAAACAACAUAUCCCAGCAAAAAAAUAAUUGAUGUCAUACUUUACAAACGACAUCUUAAUCACAUCCAAAAAUGCGACUACAUAUUUUUCGCUUUUAUAAACCAAAUAUUUCCUUACAAAUGAAAACCCAGUUAAAAGUGAGAAAAGAGAUGUAGAAAAGCCACUACAAAUAACAUACUCGAAGUACAUCAAACUUUGGUGAAAAACCAAUGAACCCUAUGUCAUUGAAAAAAUUUUGGAUUAUUUUUGACAUCCAAAUAUCGGAUUUUUUUUGCUUCUAAAAUAAAAUUAGAGGUAGUUCAAAGUUGUCAAAAAUGAACAACAUCCCUCCAAUGACAUGCCAAUGCAAAAUUCAUAGGCUCUUCACCUGAACUUGAAGCACUUCGGGUUACAGUUGUGAUGAAAAUACAACAUCUCCUUCCACACUUUUUUCUGGGAUAUAAUGGCAGCAACAAAAAUACAAACGAAAAUCACAACUUAAAAACAAAACUAAUAAACUAACAUACUAACAAAAAAAACCAGAAAAACCAAACAAAACUAACAAAAUUAACCACAAUACUAACAUGAAAACAAAUUGAACACUGGGACUCGGGCAGGAGGUAGUGUCUCCAUUGGCCGUAAGCCCCUCCCCACUAAAUAUUCAAACAAUACACCGGGACUCGGGCAGGAGGUGGUGUCUCCAUUGGCCGUAAGCCCCUCCCCUUUUUAUAUUGAAUUACACCGGGACUCGGGCAGGAGGUGGUGUCUCCAUUGGCCGAAAGCCCCUCCCCAUUGAUUUCAAAACAGGGAGUAGAGGCAAUUUUGAUUUUCUGGCCUCCUCCCGACCGUUUCCCUAAGGUCCCCCCACGCAAAAUUUUUUUUUUUUUUUUUUUGGGGUGGCCAGAGGAUAAAACCCUCGGUGCGGUGAGGUAUACCGCAACAAACUGGUCAUUUAUUUAAAAUCAUUUUUCUUGUUUUGGUAUUUUUAAAUUCCCAAAAUCGCAAAUUAAUUUUUAGUGGUUUAAAAUUUAAACGCUAGUCGGUUAUGUAUAUAUGCUUUCUUCACAUGCAUAUUGCAAUAACAACAAAACAUAUUUUACCGGUUGCUGCAAAACUUAGUGAAUGAUUGUUAAAAAAGAAGAAGAUAAUAUUAUAAAAUUUAUGUAAACAUUUGGCAAACAUGUUGAGAAUUAUUCGAUUUCCAUCUAUAUCGCGUUAUUAUUCAAUUAAACAUGCAGCCAAGGAACCAAUCAAAUAUACUACAACAAUUAAUUUGCCAAAAACAAAAUUUCCAGCACGUCUUAGCGCUGCUAAACGCCAGGAACUUGAAAAGAAAUUGAUUUCUACAACAUUUGCCCAAACAUAUCAAUACCAGGACGAGAAUCUUAAGGAACCAUCAUAUAUAUUGCAUGACGGUCCUCCGUAUGCAAAUGGUGAUUUACAUAUGGGUCAUGCUGUUAAUAAGAUUCUUAAGGAUAUUACAAUUAGGCAUCAUGUGGUAAAAGGACAAAAGAUUCAUUAUAUUCCUGGUUGGGAUUGCCAUGGACUGCCAAUAGAACUUAAGGCUUUGGCCUCCACUAACGGCAAGAACAAUGAGAAAUCACCUAAUAUUAUAAGAUCGAAAUCAAGACAAUUUGCCUUGGAUGCCAUUGCCCGACAGAAGGACGAAUUUCGUUCAUGGGGCAUUUUAUCUGACUGGCAAAACAGCGACCGGCUUUAUUUUACUUUUAAUCCCGACUUUAUAUGUAAUCAAUUGCACUUGUUUUUAGAUUUUUACAAAAAAGCUUUAGUAUAUCGAGAUUUGAAACCAGUGUAUUGGUCACCAUCAUCUAGAACUGCCUUAGCGGAAGCUGAACUCGAGUAUGACCCAAAUUUUAUUAGUCCUUCGGUUUAUGUUCGUUUUGCAUUAAAAUCUUUACCACCAUCAAUAAAACUUGUGGAUCAACAAAAGUUGUUUGCUUUAAUAUGGACAACAACACCAUGGACAUUGCCAAGUAAUCAGGCAAUUUGUUUUAAUCCAAACUUGGAAUAUGCUAUCGUUGAGUUGACAACUGACACAAAGAACUCUGUGCCAACGGAACUUUAUCUAAUUGCUACUAAUUUAAUUGUGGAUUUUGUAAAAAGCACAAAAAUUGAAUGCACAGUGAAGCAAACUAUAAAAGGAACUGACUUGAUUCACUGUACUUAUCAGCAUCCUAUUUACGAAAAUGAGGAUUCAUUGCCUUUUCUUGAUGCUUCUCAUGUACAAGACACUAAGGGCACAGGCCUAGUUCAUACAGCACCAGCUCAUGGUCCCGACGAUUUUCUAAUAUGCUUAUCUAAAAAAAUUCCAGUAAAAUCUCUAGUAAACGAAGAAGGUAUUUACAACUCCGAUGCACCUAGUUAUUUAAAGGGCAAAAAUGUGCUUAAAGAAGGAAAUGAUUUGGUUUUGAAAAAUAUAAAAGAUGAUGUCCUAUUUUCGGAUACCUUUACUCAUAGUUAUCCGCUAGACUGGCGUACAAAAGAACCGGUUAUAAUAAGAGCUAGUGAGCAAUGGUUUAUAAAUACAUCGGAGCUUAAGGAAAAGGCUGUUAAAGAGAUCGAAAAAAUUGAAAUAUAUCCACGUGUUAAUGCCGAGGCGAGUAAAAAUGCUUUAAGGACACAAGUUAUGAAACGUCCCUAUUGGUGUAUAUCAAGACAAAGAUCCUGGGGUGUACCAAUACCAGUAUUUUAUCAUAAAAAGACAGGAAAAGUGAUAUGUGAUGAAACAAUUUUAAAGCAUAUUUGUAAUUUAGUUACCAAAGAAGGUAAUAUAGAUUUUUGGUGGUCAAUGUCUGUGGAAGAACUUUUACCUCGUGAUCUUUUAACAAAUUUAAAUAUAAACAGUAGUGAGGUCGAAAAAGGUAUGGAUAUCUUCGAUAUUUGGUUUGAUUCCGGUAGUACUUGGUCCCACGUCUUAAAAGACCAUCAAAUAGCAGAUUUGUAUUUAGAAGGUUAUGAUCAAUUUACUGGUUGGUUUCAAUCUUCCCUAUUAACUAGUAUUGGUGCAAGAAACUGUUCACCAUAUAAGGCACUUUUUGUGCAUGGAUUCACAGUAGAUGAAAAAGGUCACAAAAUGUCGAAAUCUCUAGGAAAUGUUAUUUCACCUACAGAUAUUCGAAAAACCUAUGGUGUUGAUGUUUUAAGAUGGUGGGUGGCUUCGCAUGGCACACAACAUAUGGCCAUUACAGUCAGCGAUAAAUUGCUGCAACAAUCUGCAGAAAACCUUAGUAAAAUUCGUUCUACUUUACGCUAUCUAAAUGGUGCAAUUGGUGAACGCUCCAAUAACAUGAAUAGCAUUGCUGUUGAAAAACAAAUCUAUCUAAAUCGUUAUUUACUAAAUAAAUUAUUUGAUUUUGAAAAAGAGAUUUUCACUUUAUAUGAAAGUUAUGAAUAUAAUCGCGUUGUGGCGAGUGUACAAAAUUUCGUUACCAAUCAAAUAUCUGCCAUAUAUGUUCAUUUGAUCAAAGACCGUUUGUACUGUGGUACACCAGCUGAAAUUGCAGACAUACGUUAUACCUUGGAGAAAUGCUACACCGUGUUGAGCAAAGCAUUGUGGCCCAUAGCACCAUUUUUAGUUGAGGAAAGUUGGAGUUAUUAUGAUCCCACAACGCCUUUCCAUCAGCAGCAAAUUACAUCUGAUAGCAGUUGGAAAAACCCAUUAGUAGAAGACGUAGUCGAUACUGCCUUACAUGUAAAACGUUUGAUAAAUCAAAAAGCUAGUGAAAAAAAUUCCUGGCUAUUGAAUGUUACAGUUAAAUGUAAUGAAAAUAAUAUUGAACUAUUAAAGCAUUUGCAACCAAUAACUGAACAACCCACAAUUGACUCUGAAUUAUGUGAAAUAUUACAAGUCGGUUCAGUUACUCUACGAAAAAGUACGGAUGUUACAUCUGAGUUCAUGGUAGAUAUCGAUAAAAUAGAAGCUACAUUAUGUCCCCGUUGUCGACGCCAUGCCGUUUUACAAGAAGACACCAUUUGUCAUCGUUGCAAUAAUGUUUUAGAGUUACAAAAAUAAAUUGUUGAUUAUUUAUUAAAAAAAAGAUAAUUUAA